CCGUAAAUUAAUCAAAACAUUUCCUCAUUCUUGAGAAUAAUUUCAAAACAACCGCUUACGUGCGUUUACAUAUGAUCAAAAAUUAAUCGGUAAUAUUUUUUUUUCAUUGUAGUAAUAACAAAUCUUCAAUCGCAUUUUUUGGCAAUUUUUUAACUUAUUCUGAAUUCUUAACUAAUUUCAAAAUGGUCAUUAAAGCAAAAUUGGUUCCUACAAAUACUAAUAACCCAUGGGCGUACAAAAGAUACAUUGCUCGAAGCAACAGGCAUGCUUGGAAAACUCGCCGACAGGGAGCUGAAACUGAGGGCUGCUCGUCGGUUUGCAGAAACUGCCCUCUUUGCAACGGGCGAAGAUUUCAAGGCUACUUCGUUGAUGGAAAUCCGCGUUAUUUUUUCAAUACCGCUACUCGAAUGCCCGCGAACUCGCUCGGAAAUUUGUCGGGAGCACGAGCAGAUCAGUAUUCGCACAUUCCGCCGAAAGUGGACACAGGGCAACCGGCGAGACUGGAGUUGCCGCCUAUAAAACGGAGAUAUGGCCGAAGGGGAAACAACCGUACGAACCCGGCAGAUUUUCCAUUCGGGUCAACAGUUCCGAGAGACAAAAUGGUCGGGUACGUCGGACACCUCGGCUUGCGGCACCCGAAAGAACGCGAGUACCAGGCGAAAAAGUUCCAGAUCAUCCCGGACAAGGAGCCGGACGUCUCGCUAGAAAUAAUGGUGAAUGAUAUAAGCAAAAUGACCGUGGCAUCUUUGCUCGAGGAAAUCGAGGCACAAAUAGGAUACGGUUCACUUUUCCAGGAAAAGCUGAAGAAAGUAUUCACACUUGAAAACCAGGAAGUGAAGAGUAUCAAACAGCUUUUCAGCUCUGAUGAUGUAGUACUGGUGGGAUCGGCCAAAGAAAAGAUCGCAGAUGCCACUUUGAAAGCUAUAAAGAAAAUAUUAGCAGGCGAAACGGCAGUUCAGAUGUCGGCUGCCGUAAAAGGGGAGAAUUCGAACAAAACAGACAGUGGAUUCAGCGACUACGAUUUGAACUCAGAGUCAGGAAUUCAAGGGGUGUCGAGACGUUCACGUGACAGUCUAGACGUUAACAUAGGUUUAAUGAUUCGAGAUGAACUCGCAUCCACCCGUGAAAAGAAAGCCAAAGAAGGUCAAAGAUCAAAAUCAGAGCCAAGAGCCGAUAAUAAGAAUGUCAUUCCGUUUUGGUUGAAAGAGAAAGUUGACGUAACCAGGAAUGAGAACUUGAAUGGGUCUGGAAAAGACUGGCUUACAGAUUCCAUGACUCGCGAUGAGUUAUACAUGGGUCAAGGAGCGGAUCAAAGAAUAAAUCAAAAAGUUCGAAAAUGUGAGCUGAGCGAAAGAGAAAGAAGAAAUCAAGAAAUAAAAUUCGGUUUGAAAGGUCGAGCAAGAGUUUUUAAUCAUUCGGUUGUUUUGCUAGAAGCAGAGUUGAAAAAGUACUCUUCGCCGUCUCCAAAAAUGGAUCUUGUUUUGUCUCCAAGACUGGAUCAACUUCACCGAGAUGCAGAAAACCAGGAGCGAAAACGACGAAAAGCAGAACACGACAAGAUGCUGCUGGACAAACGUCGACAACAGCAUUUCACAGCGGCUCAGCAAAUGAAGAAACGUCAUCGUGCAAGUUCCAACCCACCUUCUCAGUCGCGAAUGUUCUUGAGUCCCGCCGACGCCGAGCUCCAACUGGCCCAAGAGGCCGAAAAACAACGACAAAAGGAGGAAAAACUGGCAUCUCGAAACAAGAAACAUGGGAUGAAAGCCGAGGACGAAGCUGAAAGACGAAUGAAAAUGAAAGAGCAGACUGAGAUGAUUCGUCGACAGGCCGAAGCUGAAGAACGACAGCGAAUGAAAGAUAAACGAAGACGAGAGCAAGAGGAGAGAGAAAGGCUAGCCAAACUGGACGAGGAAGAAGCAGAAAAACGUAAGAGAAAUCGAGAAGCCGAGUUGGCCGAGGAAGCUCGGAAAGCCGAAGAAGCUCGGAAAGCAGAAGAAGAUCGCAAAGCCCAAGAAGCCCGUCGUAAAGCGGAAGAAGAUAGGAAAGCCGAGGAAGCUCGGAAAGCCGAAGAAGCUCGGAAAGCCGAAGAAGCUCGGAAAGCCGAAGAAGCUCAGAAGGCAGAAGAUGCCCGGCGUAAAGCCGAAGAGGCUCGAAAAGCCGAAGAAGCUCGGAAAGCCGAAGAAGCUCGGAAAGCCGAAGAAGCUCGGAAAGCCGAAGAAGCUCGGAAAGCCGAAGAAGCUCGUCGUAAAGCAGAAGAAGAAAAAAGGAAGAAAGAGGAAAAAGAUCGAUUGGCAAAAGAAGCGGAAGAGCGUGAAAAAGCUGAAAAAGAGCGUGAAAAAACACGUGAAAUGGGAGUUAUUCAACCAAUGGUUCAAGAAGAGGAAGUUAAGCGCAGGUUUAAAAUCAGGGAGAAAAUUGGCGAAGGCGCAUUUGCAACAGUAUUUAAUGCUGAACUAAUAGAUGGAGAUCCGCCUGGUCUAGCAGCCCCCGACUGCAGAGAAUUCGCUCUGAAAGUUAUGGACAAACAGAAAAUAGCCAGCAACGUGGACAACGUGAAAGAAGAAAUCAAAAUCCAUUCAAAGUGUGACCACCCAAAUAUUGCCAAACUGUAUGAAGUGUUCGAAACUCCUACCCGUAUUUACAUGGUUAUGGAGAAAGUACCGGGAGGCGAUUUGUUCGAUGCGAUUGCCGAAAGUGUCAAGUUUGAUGAACCCCAGACGGCUUUGAUAGUCAGAUCUCUCGCUGAAGCUUUGCUGUACCUGCACUCUAAAGAAAUUGUUCACCGUGACAUCAAACCCGAAAACAUAUUGGUCGAGAAAGACUCGUCGGGUCGCAUUAAACGAGUAAAACUUUGUGACUUUGGCCUGGCAACUGUCGCAAAGAAGAAAAUAUUUGCUGUCUGUGGAACCCCGACUUACGUCGCACCCGAAAUACUAGCCGAGAAGGGAUAUGGUCUCGAUGUUGAUAACUGGGCGGUCGGGGUUAUAGCUUAUAUUCUACUUUGUGGGUUCCCUCCUUUUCGCAGUUUGGAGAGAAAUCAGGACGAACUUUUCGACACAAUUCAGAGAGGAGAGUUUGAGUAUCUCUCCCCGUAUUGGGACACUGUUACAGACAGUGCCAGGGAUUUGAUUGACAAUUUGAUCGAAGUGUCCAUCCCAAAGCGCAUGCAACCCAAGGAUAUUUUGAAGCACAAAUUCGUAAUGGACAAGAACUCAUGAAAAAUUAGUUAUUUAUAACAUUUAAUUAAAAGAUAAUCGGCACUUCUA